AUGUCAGCUCUUCCGUUAACAAAAUUAGCAAGUCUUCUUGUCAAGACUCUGGCAAAGCCACUGUCAAAACGAAUCAAGACUCAAUUCUCUAAGAACAACACAACUAAGGCCAUGUUGAUAGGGAUUGGGCAGACAUCACACUCAGUCACCUCAAGGAUGCAGAUUUGGAGUGCUGGAUAUAGAGUUAAGAAGAUCAGUGCUCUUGAACCGGAGAAGGCGUUGCAGGAUGGCGCCGAGUUUGUUGGCGAGGCGUUCAUUUUUUUCGUCAGCGGGAACCUCGUUGUUUGGGAAUACAGGAGGUCUAACGAAUCAGCGAGAAAAAAAAGCGAGAAGCUUCAAGCGAAGCUGAAUGCUCUUGACGAAAGACUGAAUGCAGUCGAAGACGUCGUCAAGAAGAACUCUCAAUCCAUAUUGGGGAUUCGAGGGAAUUAUGUUGAACCAGAAUCCAAGACGUUGGUUCCAAUUGACGAGGGCGAAGCUCCAAAACAGACCGAUAGGACACUCUCGAACUCAAAGGAAUGGGGGAGAUCAUGGUGGAAAAUUUGGUAG